GCGCCUGUCGAAACGGCGGCGACGCGGCUUCUCGUGCACGUUGAUGUGUUUCGUGAAUUAGCAGCGGACAGUUCUUCGUCAUCAUCACCUCCUCCUCCACAGUGACCUUCUUCAUCACCGUCUUCACCGUCAGACAUGUCCGUCACGGAGAUGUUCAGCCACAUCCAGGGCUUCCUGGGCGCGGACCAGGACGUCAGAGAGGACAUCCGUAAGGUGGUUCAGCUGUUGGAGCAGGCCGCCAGAGAGAUUCUUACAGUUCUCCAAAGUGUCCACCAACCAUCUGGAUUCAAAGAAAUUCCAAGUAAAUGUGCCCGAGCACGUGAGUUGUUCUGCACAGUCAAGACGCACAUUGCAGAUCUCAAGACAAAGUUUCCCGCGGAGCAGUAUUACAGGUUCCAGGAACACUGGCGGUUUGUCCUGCAGCGCUUGGCCUUCUUGGUAACCUUCGUCGUCUACCUGGAGAGUGAGACUCUCGUGACCCGGGAGGCGGCGGCUCAGAUACUCGGCAUUGAGGUGGUGCGAGAGAAGGGCUUUCACCUGGAUGUGGAGGACUACCUGGCAGGUGUGCUGAUCAUGGCUAGUGAACUGUCACGACUGGCGGUGAACAGCGUCACGGCGGGCGACUACACCCGGCCGCUGCGCAUCUCCAACUUCAUCAACGAGCUGGACUCGGGCUUCCGCCUGCUCAACCUGAAGAACGACCCGCUGAGGAAGCGCUACGACGGCCUGAAGUACGACGUGAAGAAGAUCGAGGAGGUGGUGUACGACCUGUCCAUCCGCGGCCUGGCCAAGGAGGCGGAGUCUGCCGGCGACAAGUAGAGCUCGGAGGAGGGGCGAUCGGCUGUGGGAGGCAGACCCCACCCUGAAGGCGAGACCAGGCGAUCUGCCUGAGGCCCCAUGCAGCCUGGGACAGACUGUGUGUGUGUGUGUGUUUGUGUGUGAGAGAGUGUGUGUGUUAGUGUGAAUGCAUGCAUGAGAAGUGCUGUAGGUGGAUGGCAGUCUGUCAGAAGGGUGGCAGAGGUUGUCACUGAGUUUCAGUUUGAAUCGCUCGUUCAGAGGCUUACGAUCAAAAGUUUGUUUUUUGAAAAUCUGUGCUCUCAGCUUCAUGUGACACAUACAGUAUGUUAUUGCCCCCCCCGUUUCAUCUAAUUUGCCAUGGUCAACUUCUUCCUUUUUUAUUUUAUUGAAUUAUAGUAAAUUGAUGUUUCAAUCAUUGAAGAGGACAAGCAAGAGUUCCUCCCAGAGUGCUCCUGUUGCGCGGAGCUAAUGUUUGUGGUUGUUUGUGUUUAUUUGCAGAAAAAAACAAACUUAAAAAGAAAUCAUGAAAUGUGUUUGUUGUUAACCAGAGGAGUCGAGGCCUGAUGGUUUUUAGUAGGACUCAAAGAAUUAUGUCAAAAAAUAAGUGCAUACAGAGAUGAUUAAAUCUAAAAUCCAAAAAGACUAAAAAAUCAAUGAAUACAUUUUACAGCAUUCUAACCAUAUAUGUAUCAUUUCUCAGUUUGGAUAUUGAUCAAUAAUCGCACCAAACUUGAAAACACAGGAUUUUUUGUAAAUGAGGCUCAGAGAAAGACAAAGAUGCACAUAACAUGAUGUAAAGCUCCUCUGCGAUUAGUUCGAAUCUCCUUUUUGUUUUCAACAGCAAAGAACGGUUAGAGAACAGGGUCAAAGGUAAAUGUCUGUUGAGCCAGAAUAAUGUUUUGGUUGUUGGGUGAUGAAGCUUUCUAUGGAAAUCAUGUUAUGUAACUGUUGUAAUAUGUUAACUAUUUGUUUUUUUCACUUACAGAAAUGUCUGGAAAGUUUGUUUAUACUGUCAGCAUCGACGCUCCUGUUUGCCUCUACACUGUAGUAGAUGUUUUUUAGGGUUUUUUUCUCGUUCACAUUCUUGCAUCAUGCGUUUUUGUUUCUUGGAGUAAUAAGUGUAUUCCACUUGUUCUGUGCGUAUUCCCAUCUUUGAAUCCGUUGUCCAGAAGAUGCUUACAAUUACUGUAAAUAUAUUUCUACGAUCUCCA